AUGGCAAGUAAGGUUGAAAAGAUCGAUAAUAUACCUGCCGAGAUCAGGGAGGAGAUGUCCCAGCUGUACAGCGAUCUACCAGGCAUAGACAGGGAAUAUAAGCUUAUAGAUAAAAUUGGCGAGGGUACGUUUUCAUCAGUGUAUAAAGCCCAAGAUAUCACUGGGAAAAUAACAAAAAAAUUUGCAUCCCAUUUCUGGAAUUAUGGUUCGAAUUACGUUGCUUUGAAGAAAAUAUACGUGACUUCGUCGCCACAGAGAAUUUAUAAUGAACUCAAUCUUCUAUACAUAAUGACAGGCUCUUCGAGAGUGGCCCCUCUAUGCGACGCGAAGAGGGUACGAGAUCAAGUCAUUGCUGUUUUGCCAUACUAUCCUCACGAGGAGUUCAGAACUUUUUAUAGAGAUCUACCAAUCAAAGGUAUAAAGAAGUACACUUGGGAGUUAUUAAGAGCACUAAAGUUUGUCCAUUCAAAGGGAAUCAUUCAUAGAGAUAUCAAGCCUACAAAUUUCUUAUUCAAUUUAGAAUUGGGACGUGGUGUGCUGGUCGAUUUUGGCCUAGCUGAAGUGCAGAUGGAUUACAAAGGCAUGAUCUCUAGCCAGAACGAUUACGAUAAUUACGCAAGCACGAAUCAUGAUGGUGGAUAUUCAAUGAGAAAUCAUGAACAAUUCUGUCCAUGUAUAAUGCGUAAUCAAUACUCGUCAAACUCGCAUAACCAAACACCCCCCAUGGUCACUAUUCAAAACGGAAAAGUGGUUCAUUUGAAUAACGUGAACGGAGUGGAUCUAACUAAGGGUUAUCCUAAGAACGAAACUCGUAGAAUCAAAAGAGCCAAUCGAGCAGGGACCCGUGGGUUUCGCGCACCGGAAGUAUUGAUGAAGUGCGGUGCUCAAACAACAAAGAUUGACGUAUGGUCCGUUGGUGUUAUUCUUUUGAGUCUUUUAGGUAGAAGAUUCCCGAUGUUUCAAAGUUUAGACGACGCAGACUCGUUACUUGAACUCUGUACAAUUUUUGGUUGGAAAGAACUGAGAAAAUGCGCGGCUUUGCAUGGGUUGGGCUUUGAAGCUAGUGGGCUAGUUUGGGAUAAACAAAAUGGAUAUCCAAAUGGAUUGAAGGAAUUCGUUUAUGAAUUGCUCAAUAAAGAAUGCACAGUAGGUACUUUUCCCGAGUAUAGUGUCGCUUUUGAAACAUUUGGAUUUCUCCAACAAGAAUUGCUCGAUAGGAUGUCUAUUGAACCUCAAUUACCUGAUUCUAAAGCGAGCAUGGAUGCCGUUGAUGCAUAUGAGUUAAAAAAAUAUCAAGAAGAAAUUUGGUCUGACCACUAUUGGUGUUUUCAAGUUCUGGAACAAUGCUUCGAGAUGGAUCCUCAAAAACGUAGCUCAGCGGAAGAUUUAUUAAAGAAUCCAUUUUUUAAUGAGCUAAAUGAAAACGCAUAUUUACAGGAUGGCGAUAGUACCGACGAAGAUGACGUAGUCAGUUCUAGUGAGGGAGAUUUGCUCGAUAAAGAUGUCCUAUUAAUUUCCGAAUAG